UGGCAUUUUGUUGAACUAACUCUAUCAUCUUUCCAAAAUAAACACACUCACUCACUCACUAGUUAUUUUUUCUUUGCUUCCAUUUCAUUCAUCAUUCUCUCUUUACCUCAAACCAAAUGUCUGCUGCAACCUUCACAGCUUCUAUUGCAGGUUCUGGUUAUCAUGGCCUAAAACUUAACUCAACAAACCAACAUUUCGCAGCCAAAGAUUCUGUUGCAUGGAGCCGUAAGACUGUCUCAAAUGGCUCAAAAACCUACUGUAUGAAGACAUGGAACCCGAUUGAUAACAAGAAGUUUGAGACUCUGUCCUACCUUCCUCCGCUUUCUGAUGAGUCUAUUGCGAAGGAGGUUGAGUACAUGAUCCUUAAGGGUUGGAUCCCUUGCCUUGAAUUUGAUGAGAAGGGGGAUGUGCAUAGAGAGAAUAGCAGAAUGCCAGGAUACUAUGAUGGGAGGUAUUGGACAUUGUGGAAGCUGCCCAUGUUUGGAUGCAAUGACUCAUCUCAAGUGCUCAAUCAAAUCAAUGAAUGUAAAAAGGCUUACCCGAAUGCCUAUAUCCGCUGCUUGGCUUUCGACAACCAUCGCCAGGCUCAGUGCAUGUCCUUCGUCAUUCAAAAACCUAAAAAAAACUAAGCGUGGAUGAUGACGAUGGGUUCUGUUCGACCAAAUAAGAUGGUGAUGCUUUUGGGUUUAUCCAAAUGACAAUGUUUUAAUAAUUAAGUUAAUGGAUUUGAAUAAGCAAUUUUUUGUUGUAAGCACAUGAUUUUGGGAUUUGUUUUUAAAUAUGUGAUGAGAAACGCCCAUGGUUUGGCAAAAAAAAAAGAUCUGCUAGGCAGUUUCUCUUA